AUGCGCACCGACACAUCCUCUUCUGCUAAAAGAGGAGAACUUUUCGCUAGUAGCCGACUUGAAAACGCUACUAGCGACAAUUGUUUGUGGUCAUUCGCAUCGGCUCUCGGAUGGGCUGGAUGGUCACCGUGGACACAGUGCUCCAGAACGUGCGGUGGUGGAGUCUCGCAACAACUUCGUCGAUGCUUAGAUAUCAAAUGUUCCGGUCAUUCGGUUAGGUUCAAGGUGUGCAACGAAAAAGAAUGCGACACUUUGCAUCGAACAUCGAGAGAAACUGUUUGUGGUGGAGAAGAAAUACUCUCCAAACAACAGUGCGAAGUUGUUUGUAAAUCACGUUCGUCUGGAAGUCAUUUCCUAUGGCGUAUGGCCGACGGUGUUCCAUGUCAGGCCGACAGUAAUCGAGCGGUUUGCAGUCACGGCACGUGUCAGGUCGUUGGAUGCGACGACGUGAUUGGAUCCUCGCUCAGAUUUGACGUUUGCGGUGUUUGUGGCGGUAGAGGUGACAGUUGCGACAGUUCACAGUUUGUAUGGAAAGAGUCAGGAGAAUUCACGCAAUGUCCGACAUCCUGCCAGGAAGCAGCACGCGGUUUCCUCGAAGGGAAAGAAGAGGACGUGCGCGAAUCGCGCGCCAUUAUCGUCUGUGUGAAUGCGAACACCGGUCGUGUGGUUCCGGAACGACUUUGUGCUGAUCGGAAAAAACCGCCGCUGAAGACGAAGUCGUGUCCGUUACUGAUCUGUCCCAGCAGAACACGAAGCGUUUACUGUGUUCAUCACACGGUGAAUCAGACGUUGAAUGUGCCGGAGAAGUACUGCGAGAAUCAAACAAAACCGAUCUCUGAAGAAGCGUGCGCGAACGAGUCUUGUGGUCACUGGGUAACAGGACAAUGGACCAAAUGUUCCGUAUCCUGUGGUCAGGGAACGAGAAGACGCACGGUUGAAUGCGUUGGUGGUAAGGACUGUCCGUUCACAUCUCGGCCAAUCUCCGAAGCCGUGUGUUAUUCCGGAGUUCCCUGCACAGGACAAUCACAAAAUACGAACGCAUGGACUCAAUUGGAUAACAGCAUUGAUUGGAGUGAUAGGAAGUUUCUCGACGAGUCGUCAUACAAUCCGGCAGAAAAUAAUGGACAUUCGCCUAGACUUGUACUCAGCGCCUGGAGUGAAUGUUCCACAACAUGCGGACCAGGUGUACAAACACGUUCCGCUGAAUGUAUGGCUGCGCAUCCGAUGGCAGGCAUGAUCCGUUUACCGUACUCCGAAUGUCAAUCACAACCGCAACCCUCUCUUUUCGAACCAUGCGAGGCACGUCCAUGCCCACUUCAGGAAGAUCCGAAGACUAGCCGCGAUGAGUCCCCGUUCAAAUGGGAGAAUGGUGACUGGGGACCGUGUUCGGCCAGUUGCCUUGGAGGGAAGCAAAAAGCGGCGCUAUUAUGUCGAGAAGUGGCGUCAGGAAGAGCGGUGCCAUGGUCCCAAUGUGAUGCGAGAACUCGUCCACCACAACUCGUCCGUCAAUGUAAUCAACAUGCUUGUCCGCCUGUUUGGCAGGUUGGGAACUUUGGACCGUGUUCAGCUACAUGCGGUGGUGGUACAGCAACUCGUUCCGUGAGCUGUAUACGUCCUGUUAGCCGUAGUGGAGGAGCAGAUGCUCACAUAGUUCUUCGUGACAUGGAAUGUCCACUACCGAAACCGAGUGAAACCGAAAAUUGCGGAAUUGUGGAAUGUCCGGCGAGCUGGAUUACUGGUGAAUGGACUGAAUGCUCUGCUUCUUGUGGAUCAGGUGAACAAACUAGAAGUGUAAUGUGUGAGGGAAGAGACGCUAGAGGUCGGAGGGAAAUCCGUUCUGAAAGAGAAUGCAGGGCGGAAAAACCAGCAUCGGUUCAAAUGUGUAGUCUAGGUUCAUGCGGAAAACCACAACUUCUAUCAAAUCGAGUAUUCGAGCAAAAUGCAUCCGAGAAAAAACUCACACUAGGCAUUGGAGGAGUUGCAACUUUAUAUCAGGGCACAAGCAUCAAAAUAAAAUGCCCACGUAAAAAUUUCGAUAAAAAGAAGAUCUACUGGACGAAGAACGGGAAAAGGAUAAGAAAUGACGCGCAUAUUAAAGUGUCCGCUAACGGGAACCUACGUCUUUUCCACGCUCGAAUGGAGGAUGCCGGACUUUACGAGUGCUACACAGACACACUCCAAGGAAAUGUUACGUUGAGAUUCAAGUAUCGUGAUGAGGACAAGCCACAUCGUCCACGUCUGACGGAUUUAUCGAAAAAUGUGAAAGCGGCCAGCAAGAAUUCCUCAUUUUUUGAGGGAAUUCUCUCCGCCGGCAGCUAUGAAGAAGUGGCCCGGGAACUACAGAAACAUCGCGACACAAUCCAAGCACGCUGGGAAAUAGGUCAUUGGACGGACUGCAAGCAAAGCACGUGCGGUGUAGCCGGCUAUCAAGCUCGUGAGGUAAAAUGUACGGUUAUGGUGGACGGGAAACGUAAGGCUGGUGAUCAACGUUUGUGCAGUGCAUUGGCUUCCCCGCGUCCACCAGAGACCAGACCUUGCCAUAAGGACGAAUGUCCAAGAUGGGACGCAAGUGACUGGACAGAGUGUUCUUCUGCCCCUUGUGUGAGGGAAGGAACAGCUAAACAGCGACGGGACGUGCGAUGUUUGAUGCAAAAUGGUCAAGCGGUUGAUGAGGAACGUUGUGAUAAGACUCAGAGGCCUAAAUCACGAAAAGAGUGCGAAAAUCAUAGCUGUAAGGCGGAAUGGCAUGCGUCCGAUUGGGGAUCGUGUUCAUCAAACUGUGGCACAGGCGGAGUUCAGCUUCGUUUACUUUCCUGCGUAUGGGCGACCACCGGAUCCGCAGCCGGUCGUAACUGUGAGGGACGACGUCCGCCAGCAGCACGCCCAUGUCCACACGGCGAUUCGUUGCCACCGUGUCGCCCCACGGCUCUUCCUCUACAACAAGACGAAUCCUGCGAAGACAACUCGCGGUACUGUGAUAUAAUCAAAGUGUUCCACUCUUGUGACUCUGGUGAAGUGCGCCAGAAAUGCUGCGCUACGUGCAAAUACGUGGAGAAACGUCGUCGUUAA